AUGAGUAUCAAUAGAAUAAAUAAAAUUAUUCUUUGCUCAAAAGUCGAAUUAAAGUCGAUAGAAAAAAUAGAAUUUUAUACUAACAUAGGAAAUGAUGUAGUAAAAGACUUUUGCGAGUUUUUUUUGCCAACGUUAAAAUAUAACAAUUUUCAUGUAACCUAUAAUUUGAAUACUGUCCAAGAUGAUGAAAGAAUUAAUCUCUUCCCAAGGAAUAAAGAUAUAUACACUAUCAAUUUAAAUUUAUAUAAAUAUAGUCACCAAUUAUAUAACAGAAUAUUAUUUUUGGAUUCCAAAUUUUUUGAAUCUCAAUCUUAA